AGUUUAUUGUGCGACUCCGUGCGGCUGAAAACUAUAUCAAUCGUCCUCGCAAGUAUUGCUCGCGUCCUCCUUUAAUUAAUGCUUAAUCAUGCCAAAAAUUGAUGCCGAAACACAAAAACUUUACGACGAAAUCAAUGGCAUGAUACAGAAGUUUAAGGAUGAUCAAAAAUCUAAAGCUGAUUGCACGUUGGCCGACAAAUGCGGCGACAUGGGGGAUGUCACCAAGAUUCGAUUCUCGUCGAAGAAGAUCCUCAAGGGCCACAUCAACAAGGUAAACUCGGUGCAUUUCGCAGGAGACUCGCGUCACUGCGUCACCGGAUCUCUGGAUGGCAAGCUGAUUAUUUGGGACACCUGGACCGCCAACAAGGUGCAGAUCAUCCCGUUGCGAUCCGCCUGGGUGAUGACGGUGGCCUUCUCGCCAUCGGGCAACUUUGUGGCCUGCGGCGGAAUGGACAACCAGUGCACCGUGUACGAUGUGAACAACCGAGAUGCCUCCGGAGUGGCCAAAAUGGUCAAGGAGCUGAUGGGCUACGAGGGAUUCCUUAGUUCCUGUCGAUUUCUGGAUGACGGGCAUCUGAUCACCGGCUCGGGGGACAUGAAAAUCUGCCAUUGGGAUCUGGAGAAGGGCGUCAAGACGAUGGAUUUCAAUGGACAUGCUGGAGAUAUAGCUGGUCUAUCGCUUUCGCCCGAUAUGAAGACUUAUAUCACUGGCUCUGUGGAUAAAACUGCCAAGUUGUGGGAUGUACGCGAAGAAGGCCACAAGCAGAUGUUUUUCGGCCAUGACAUGGACGUGUCUUCCGUCUGUUACCAUCCAAGUGGCUACGGGUUUGCCUCCUGCUCGGAGGAUCAAACAGCGCGAAUGUACGACUUGAGGGCGGACCAGCAAAUCGGGCUGUACGAGCCGCCCCAGAAGAACACGGGCUUCACUUCGUGCGCGCUAUCGACCAGCGGACGCUACCUCAUGUGCGGCGGCAUUGAGGGCAACGUGCACUCGUGGGACACAAUGAAGCAACGGCACACGGGCACACUGUCUGGUCACGAGAACCGCAUCACUUGCAUCAGCCUGUGCCCCAAUGGCAUGUGUCUAUCGUCCACCAGUUGGGAUCAGCAAGUGCGUCUGUGGCUCUAAUCGGCUCCGAUCCGGGUUCAAUUUCGUCGAAAAUUAUACGUGCAGUUUGUUUGCAAACUCAAGUCGCAUUACAUUAACUCAGUUUACGAAAUUUAGCUGAUUAUUUUGUUUCGGAUCUGCAGAAUUCUUUUAUAAUUGUGUAAAAUUGCAAGCAAAGCGUGCGUAUAAUUAUAAUAUUUAAUUGCUUAAUUAACUAACGAGAACGUAGCCUCCAGAAUUUAGAAAGUGCAAAUUGGAAGUGCGAUAAUAAAAUGUAUGAAGUAGUACUACCAAA